AUGGAGUCCGGUGGGGGGAAGCCGAGCUUCCUUCGGAAUAUCCUGGUGCGCGUAUUUCUCCUCUGCUUGUUGAUCGUCGCCCUCAGAUUCGCUUACGUGGUCACAAUACGGGGCGAAUCGUGCGACGUCGGCGAUUUCUGCUUCUUCGCCCUGCCGGAGACUUUCAACGUCGUCGCCGGCGUGGGCCAGCUGGCGAAUCCCUCGUCGGCGGCGGUCGUCUCUUCGUCCGGAAACUCCGCUCCCGCGACGCCGAAGAAGAUUCCCGAUCUGUGGACGACCAAGGGUUUUCAGAAGUCCGUUCAGUUCUACUCCUCGGUGUUUCAGGAUCUGAUAUCCGAAGCCAUCCUGAGCCCUAGCUUCAAGACCCUGUGCGUGGACACGGUGACCGGAGCAGAUGUGUUUGCUCUGAGGGAGAUCGGCGUGGAGGACUCCAUCGGAAUCUCGAAAAAGGGCUCCAAGCCGCUGGUAGUCCCGGGGCAGGGUUUCAUGCAGCCUUUCAGCAGGAACACCUUCGAUUUCAUGUUCUGUGGAAUUGGCGUGGUGGAGAAGACAGUGAAGCCGGGUGAUUUUGUGGCUGAGGUUGAGCGGACACUAAAGCCCGAAGGGUUUCUGGUAGUCCACACAGCGGCAAACGACACGUACAGUUUUGAAUCGUUACUUGGUUUGUUCAAUUUCUGUAGAUUGGUAAAAAGUAGGGAUAUCAACGGGUUGGAUUCGAAAACUCCAUUCGUUCGAGAAAUUGUCCUGCAAAAAUUUACAGGGGAGGAGGGUAUAAAACAGAUUACCGAAAAAUCGAGCAGUACAAAAUCCACAAACAAAUGUUCUGUUCCAGGUUAUAAACAGGAUCUGAUAAAGAAAGCAGAGCCCUUGAUAGACGAAGAGCCGAAGAAGCCCUGGAUCACGCUCAAGAAGAAUGUCCAGAACAUAAAGUACUUGCCUUCAAUGGUUGACAUUAGCUUUAAGUCGAGAUACAUAUAUGUCGAUGUUGGAGCCAGAAGCUACGGCUCGAGCAUCGUGAGCUGGUUCAAAAGGCAAUACCCUAAACAGAACAAGAGUUUCGAGAUAUACGCAGUUGAGGCUGAUAAAACCUUCUACCCAGAUUACAAGAACAAAAAAGGGGUUACUUUGCUACCCUAUGCGGCUUGGGUGAAAAAUGAGUCCUUGUUUUUCGAGAUUAACGAGGACCCGGGUCACAAAGAAGUCGAAAAAGGACGUGGGAUGGGCCGGAUUCAGCCCGUUCAGAGCUCGGGUGGCUCCACAUCCUCGGACAACAUUGAUGAGAUUCAGGGUUUUGAUUUUGCCGAGUGGCUGAAAAAAACGGUGGUUGAGAGGGAUUAUGUGGUGAUGAAGAUGGAUAUUGAAGGGACCGAAUUCGACUUGAUUCCCAAGUUGUUUGAGACUGGUGCUAUUUGCUUGAUUGACGAGCUUUUUCUCGAGUGCCAUUAUAACAGGGGUGGUAGCUUCGUGAGUUAUUACGUUGAAGAAGAAAGACGAGCAGCGGGAGAACACGAUGAUGGCGAUGAUGACAUCAUACUCAGAGGCGACUCGGGUGCGCGAAUCCGAUUGCAGGGCUCGUCUAAACACGUGUCCAUGUUUAGCCAGCAAGGCAAAAAGGGGAUCAACCAAGAUGCCAUGACUGUUUGGGAGAGCUUUUCAGGGGAUAAGGACAUGUACCUAUGCGCCGUGUUUGAUGGGCACGGCCCGUCGGGCCACAAAGUGGCCCGUUACGUACGUGACUCUUUGCCCUCGAAAAUAUCAAAGUUGUACCGGCAGCCGUGUGUUGACGGCAAGAAUGCGGUUAUCGACAUCGAGACUGAAACGGGCCAAGAGAGUCCCGAGUCAAAGAACCCGUUUUUCCUUUCAUGGAAAGCCCGACUGACCAAGUGCUUUCAUGAGAUCGACGAGCAGCUCGAGGGAGAUGGCUCGGUCGAGAGCUACUCGAGUGGCACGACGUCCGUUUGUGUUCUUAGAAAGGGUGAGCACUUGAUCAUUGCAAAUUUAGGAGAUUCUCGUGCGAUUCUUGGCAAGAGGGACGAGAGUAAUCAGCUCGUUUCAGAGCAGCUCACAGUCGAUCUCAAGCCAAAUCUUCCAAGGGAAGCAGAGAGAAUAAGAAGCUGCGAAGGCCGUGUCUUAGCCAUGGAUGAAGAGCCGAAUGUAUACCGUGUUUGGAUGCCUCAUGAUGAUUGUCCAGGUCUUGCCAUGGCCCGAGCCUUUGGCGAUUUCUGUCUAAAGGACUUUGGCCUCAUUUCGACACCUGAAGUCACUUACAGAAAGCUCACCGAACGAGACAAAUUCGUAGUCUUGGCAACUGAUGGG